AUGGACGUUGACGGCGUCGGCGGUCUCUCGCUCCUCGACGCCAAUGCAGACGUGAGCCCGUCGUGGCCGUCGUGCAACCAAUCUCCCGUGGCCUCGACGGCCCCGUGCAGCAUCAACGUGCUUUUCGCGAUCUCGCAGUGCCUCGACAAGUCCACAGCGCUCGUCUUCAAGCAGUGGAUGGACAAGCUCGUGGCCAGCGAAGACAAGUUCCUCACCGGCGGCAAGCCGUGCGACAUCACCUUCUCGACGGUCGUCCUCUCCGAGUGUGCGCCGCCGGCGGUGCCUGGGAGCGACGCCAAGGUCUACCUCCCGCGCGACGGUGCGUCGACCUUCCUCGCCACCGACGCCGCCCUGCAAAACGUGCUCGCGACCAAAGAGCUCAUCGACUUGUUCACGCCGUUUGGCGACGUCUACUGCAGCCUCAACGCCACGUCGCACUUGUCGCCGAGCGCGGUCGUGAGUCUCUUUGGCGACGCGAGAACCCACAAGGUCAUUACGGCGUACGAGCAAGAUCGCCGUAUUCAAACGGUGUUCAACUACCACGUGUGCAACGGCAAGGCCGCGUCGGCGUGCAGCGCGUGCCAUGCGGCCUUCGCCGACGACUCGGUGCUGCUUCUCGGCGCCGCCGACCUCUUCUCGCACAACCCGUUCAAGGCCGUCCAGAGCUUCCACUGCGCGAGCGCGCUCCCGAACGGGCUCCCGGUCAUCUCGCUCGGGAAGGACAAUGUCCGUCGCUGCCAUUGCAAGUGCCCCACCGGCUACGAAGACGUGACGCGCAACGGGCAGCGCAGCUGUGCGCCCAAGCCCAAGGAGGUCUGCGCGUGCUACUGGAGCAACCGGCGCUACAACUAUGACAUUACGACGGCGACCGGUACUUCGGCGUCGUCCUGUGCGAUCUCGUCGCUGUAUCCUGGCACGAUCCCUCGCAUUCCGUACCCGCGGAGCAACUACGUGGCCGAGACGCGCCGCAACGCUGGCGACAAGGACGACGGCAAGUCGGUCGAGGUCGGCGCGCCCUCGAUUCAGGUGACGGUCGCCAAACGAACGGCGGCCGCGCCGACCCCACUGACACUGUUUACGGCGCCGUAUGCAUGGGCGUACUUUGAGCAGCACCGGGAUGCGAUCACCAACAGCAUCGUCCUCGACACACCGGGUGUCUACAGCAUCACGAUGACCGCGAAAGGCUACCGCAGCGACGCCGACUGCCAAGUGUGCCUCGCGGUCGUCGACCGGUUCCGGCCCGUGAGCACGGCGCGGUGCCCCGCGCCGUUGUGCGAAAGCGGCAAGUGCGUCGGUGACGCGGUCGCCGCCUACUCGGCCGCCAACGUGGCCGCGGUCGACACUGUCCUCAAGCAGCAUCUCGCGUACAGUGCGAGCCCGAACUGGACAACGCAGCUGAAAGAGCUCUACCGCGAAUAUACGUGCGGCAACUCGUCGACGCCGGUCGCGCAGUGCGCGGGCACGGACGCGGGCUGCAAGACGACGCAGUGCCUCGCCGCGACGGGCGACACCUUCUUCGCAGCCAACGCGGCCGUGCAAGCCGGCUACAAGAAGGCGACCACCGACCUCAUUUCGCGUCUCUAUCCCACCCGCGGGUACGAGGCGACGUCGGAAGUGCACUUGCUGCUCGAGUGCACGGCGUACGGCGUCACGAACGAGGGCAAGUGCGCGCACGUGGCGGCGAUCGACGACCUCUUUGCUGUCACAUCGCAGCUCGCCGAUGUUAACGGCCUCCUCGCCGCGUCCGAGUCGGCGGCCAAGUACGUCUACUGGCGCUACCGCGUCAACGGCGGCGCGUGGCGCGGCUACAAGGAUGCGAGCGACGCGUCGCCGCUCCGGUUCGAAGUGCAAAAGUCGACCGUUGAGCUCGAAGCGUGGUCGCAGUGUGGUCUCGUCAAGAAGGUGCAGUUCGACGUCUAUCUCCACCUGAACCGCAAGGUCUGCGUCGCGGAUGCCUUCGAGAGCAUGUGGUACCAAUCCAGUAGCAAGUUUGACGGCACCGGCGCGCUCUGCAACGUUGCCGAGAGCGACUUUGCCGAGCUCACGUUCGACUAUGCGCCGUCCAUGGGCCUUCGCUGCGGCAGCAACGACACGCUGCCGUACGUCUCGUCAAGCGUCCUUUGCUCGGUGCAAUAUGCGGCGCGGUCGAGCGCGCUGCUGCUGAGCUCGUCCGCGUACAAUGCAUCCAUCCUCAAGCGCUUUGCGUUCCAAAUGCUCGCCGAGCCAACGACCAAGGCCGACACGACGUUUACGAUUGCGUGCACGUUUGCCUACGAAGGCUUCCAGACGCCCAACAUCUCGGUCGCGGUCUCAAAGACGUUUACGGUCAAGAACUGCGACAUGCCCGGGUGGGACUGCCCUUUUGGUGCGUGCUCGGACUCGUGCGUCGCUGGCAACAAGGGCGCGUACGCAACCAAGAAACCGGCGCCGUUCCAAGUGUGCCGCGGCACCGCCGUCUCGGCCACGGGUAAGGCGACCGUCGUGGCCUCGCUCAACCAAACGUGCUGCACCGCAUGCGGGCAGGCGCAAUGCCAAUCCCUUCUGGACGCGCCGAGCGACGACCAAGACGUCUUCCGCUGCGUCGUCACCGAGCCGAAAAUGCUCUCGGAGAGCGCCAAGCUGCUCGAAGACAGCCAUGAUGACAUGGUGCCCAGCGGCGCGACCGUGCUAGCCCUCUCGUGCAUGCUCCUCGCGAUGGGUCUCGUGCUCGUCGUCGUCGUCGGUCGCCGCCCGUCGCCGUCGGCGGACGCAGAUGCCAUCGCCGACUCCGCCUACUACCCUCUCCUCGACCACUAA